AGUCUGGUCGGAGACAACAAGGUGACAACACCGGGGGGUGUGAGGCGGGCAGGGUCCACACACCUCCGCACAGCGCCCCCCGGAUUGGCGGAGAGGGAACAGCCCUGCCGACGUCACGGGGUGGGCGGGGCCGAUGUGUCAUGUAGUCUCCCAUACGAUGCUGCUGCACUCACAUUCUGCUGGCUCACACCGCUAACAAUAGAGAAGCGACUAGAAGGCGCUAGAACCGCAUCCUCCUCCCCAUCACCACCGACUAUCGCGACAUGUCGCUCCGAUCGGGCAUCCUCAAGCUCUUCAGGAAGACGAUCAACACCCAGAACGUGCAGAAGAAAGGGGUGCACUCCAUAGCCAUCAUAGGGGCCCCCUUCUCCAAGGGCCAGAAAUGGCAAGGCGUAGAACACGGACCCGCUGCCAUCAGAAGCGCCGGACUUAUCGAUAGAUUGUCAAGCAUUGGCUGUAACGUAUACGAUGCUGGAGAUCUGAACUUUGUCCAGGUUCCCGAUGAUGAACUUUACAAUAACACAGUAAGAAACCCCCGGACCGUCGGGCUCGCCUGCCAGAGGUUGGCUAAAGAAGUGAGCAGAGUGAUCGGAGCCGGCCAUACAUGUGUAACCCUGGGAGGAGAUCACAGUUUGGCACUUGGCUCCAUCAGUGGGCACGCUCAACAUUACCCAGAUCUCUGUGUAAUAUGGGUGGAUGCCCACGCAGAUAUCAACACUCCACUGACAACGUCAUCGGGAAAUCUCCAUGGACAGCCGGUGUCCUUUCUUGUGAAGGAGCUGCAGGACAAGGUGCCUUUAGUUCCCGGUUUCUCUUGGAUAAAGCCCUGUAUUUCUACAUCGGAUAUCGUGUACAUUGGCUUGCGGGAUCUGGAUGCAGCGGAACAGUUCAUUCUGAAGAAGUAUAACAUCACCUACUACUCAAUGAGACAAAUCGAUCGCAUCGGAAUUCAGAAAGUUAUGGAACGGACAUUCGAACAGCUCCUGGGGAGGAGACAGAGGGCCAUCCACCUGAGCUUCGACAUUGAUGCCUUUGAUCCAACUUUGGCGCCAGCGACGGGAACCCCUGUGAUUGGAGGCUUAACAUACAGGGAAGGAAUAUACAUAACAGAAGAAAUACAUAAUACUGGAAUGCUCUCGGCUCUCGAUCUGGUGGAAGUCAACCCCAUCCUGGGAGCUACCUCGGAGGAAGUGAAGGCCACCGCCAGCCUGGCGGUGGACGUGGUGGCGUCGAGUCUGGGCCAGACGAGAGAAUGCGCCCACGGGAUCAUGGAUGAGCUUCCCACCCCGGGCGCGGGCUUCGACACAGACAGCGAAGAGCAGAUACGGAUCUAAGACGAGGCGCGUGCGCCACUUGCAGUGACUUCUGGGAACGCAAAGCACUUACGGAUAUGAGCGAAACGGCCUGCGUUGGGACUCCUGACUAUGAUUUUGGCCAGUGACUGUAAUACAGACCAAUUGCAUGAGCAAGUCAAUAGGUUAAAAGGCGUCAUCUGUAGAUGAGUCCAAUGUUCUACCUCAGUGGUCCCCAAAUUAUGGACCUCCAGAU